AGUACCUCCCUGGGGGUAGUUUGAGGCCCAGGUUCUCUAGGGUGCUUUUCUGCUGUUGUGGUGAAGUGGACUCAGUGUUCCCCAGUGGUCUGCUUUUACUUCGUGUUUCCUCCCAUCUCUGUGCAAUAGUUUGAGUGACUCUAUGAACUAGCUGUGUUGUUGGUGCCUCCUCAGUACAGUGAGAGCCUGGUGGUGUGACUUCACUGUGAAGCUGUGUGGAAGUGACUCAAGUUCAGGAGCUGGCAGGCUCUGUCACCACGAUUGGUGCGCUCAGCGGCAGCUCAGCAAUAUUUCCUAUAGGACUUGAAAACCUGCAGAACCUCUCCAAAAUGAGCAAGGACAAUGAGAGAUGCUUUGUAAACAUGGUAAAUGGUACUUGGUUGGUCAGCUGUGGCUCAUGUUACAGACGUCUGAACUUGCAGAAUGGCUCUCUAGUGCUAAGGAGUGUGGAGAAGGAGGAUGAAGGAAAUUAUGAGUUUGUUUUUAACGACAUCACCAAAUCCUUUGCACUGGAAGUACUCGAGCCAGCCAUUGCUAUCCAGUGCUUCCCUGAUGGGACCGUAGAGUUGUCCUGCAACGUGUCCAGCAAUGAGUGGAUGAGAUUUGAGUGGCUGCUGAAUGGCAGUGAGCUGAAGACCUCUGAGGCUUGCAUUAAGGAUGGUGGGAAGAAGGUUCGCCUGGACAGACCCAUGCCUGGGGAGUUUGUAUGUGAGGUUCACCACAAGAACGGCAUCACGAGAUGCGGGCCCAUUAUGUUGUCUUGCAGCUAUGGAGACCUGCUGCAGUACCCAUUGUUCAUCUACAUCCUGGCAGGAUGUGCAGGGGGUGCAGCUAUCCUGGUGGUGGUCGUGUCCUCAGUCAUCUGCUGCUGCAUGAAGAGGAAGCACAAGUUUAUCCCAGUGCCUUCAGAGGAUGAAAAAGAUGACGGAAUAGCAAUGUCAGUGGUCUCCAGUGAAGCUGUGAAGAGCCCCCCCAAUGGAGACCACGUGGAGGCUCAAGCUGCCCAAAUCGACUGCCCUCCAGUGCCGGAUGCUGCCCAGAUUGGUCCAGGCAUUGAGCCCUUGCCCCUGGUGGAAGAAAAUUUGCCAGUGGUGGUAGAACCUGAGGAAAUGCCAGAACAGGAGAUGAUAGGUUAUGUGGAAAGCCAGGAACAUGCCUCAGACUGUUUCCCGGACCCAACUGAUGACUAAUGUGACAUGGUUGCUGUUUAACCCUCUCCUGAAGCCUGUGACACCCAUCCUUUGCAUCCCAUAGUCUCACUGUGUAUAAGAAUUGGUCUGGAAAAUUUUAGCAGGGGAAAGAUGUGACGUGUCAGGCCUGCUAUAACCUCAUUUAAAAAAAAAACAAAACAAAACCAUGUGUGGCUCCAAGGCCAUGCUACCAUGGGCUGGCAGGUUCCCUAACAAAACUGGGCAGCUCUCUGGUGCUUUGCCUGUUAGCAGACCUGCAGUUACACGAUAGAGCCCUGAGGACAGCCUGAGAUUGGAUGGGUGAUCCUUCUCCCUGCCCUCUUCAUGCCUUCCCCCAUCUUUGACAGGCAGUGGCUCCUGCAAGGGACAGGUGGAUUGUAGUAUCACACUGGUUCCAGAUAGAAAUGAGGACCUGCCAGAAAUUUCCUGAGAAAGCCUCUUCUCAGGAGAUUUCAAGACAUUUUAUUCACAGGCUUUGCAAAGAGUUUGACUGAGUUUUCAGCUAAGUAUCUGCAGUGCCAGGUAUUUAUCUGAAGUGCUCCUCUGAGCUCCAGACCCAUUGAGAUUUGGGCCUCACCACAAACUGUGUGAGGUGUGAAGCGGUGGGCAGGAAGCUCUGCUGGCUUGCUCACAUCCUGAUGCCCUGUGAUGGCAGGGGGCUGUCAGAUACCUUUUACCAGAAUGUAACUGCUUGGGCUGUCAGAGCUCAAACAGCUCCAUCACUAGCUUGCUUGCCUUCAGCAGGAGGUUGCCUGGGGCUUGGGUGCAUUAAUUUUGGCUGAAACAUUGAUUAUAAUGUUGAAAUCAUUCAUCAAUGCAAGCAUUAGUGCCUUUAUCAUAAUGGUUUAGCUACUUACCACAAGCUGAUUAGGUUGGCCAUCUGCCUGUGUGUGUAGGCUUUCUCAGUGCUGCGCUAUCUGCACAGACAGCAGCGAUUUAUGGGGUCCCUUAAGCAUGCCUUGCCGCUGCAAGCAUCCUGCCGUGCUCAAGGGAGGCUUGUGAGUGCCACAGCUGGGGUAGACCUUCAGGGAAGAGGGAGGAGAGGGCAAGGGCUUGAUCCCCUGCUGCAGGUAGCCGAGUCUCUGACAAAGCUGCUGGGGGCUGCUGGGCCACCUGAGUGCUCCAGGAUGCGCUACCAGAGCAGGGUGUUUAUUGCAUGGGUACAUUCUGGUAAGCAAAAGUGAGGUGCUGGGUCUGAAAUGGAUGGGGUAUGGAGGUGCAUUGCCUUUCUCUCUCUUCCCUUGCUCUGUCCCUUCUGUUAUCGUGCUGACACUGUGUCCCAAGUCCCUUGGAAGCAGGCUGGAGGUGUGCCUUGUGAAUGCCACCCACCCCCUGAGGUCUGCAGGCAGCCUUGCAAAAGAAAAACCUGCUGAGCGCUUUUCUCCCAGGCGGGGGAGCUGGCGGGGUGGCUGCAUGUUCACCUGGACGUCCUUCGUGUCUGCACAUGGCAAAGCUCUGCGUCGGUGGUGCCCAGCUAUAGGCUGUUCUGCUCCUUGUUCCCGUGUUCUGUGGCUGUCUAAAAGGUUUUUGGAUCCUGUGUGCUGUGUUGGCAAUGAUUCAGCCCAUCUCCACUCUUUAAGGAUGCCGUAGGAAUCAGGUUUUUCCAUGGUAAGAGGGAGAUGAUGACUUUUCUCGUGGUGCUGUGCUAUCUCCUUUUGGCACCAACAUUCCUCAAAGGCCGUGAACUGAGUGAC